AUGGAUUCGGAACUUGAGGAACAAACGCAGGGAUUGCUAAAUCCUUCACCGGACUCCUUGGCCUCAGUGAAAGUCUUCCCAUUGAUACCGCACCUGAAGAAGGAUAUCAUAAGCAACAUAGACUCGGCGUUGACCUGGGAACAGUUGACUGCGUCGGAUAUUAACUUCGCUAUCAUCCGUCCUCUCGUCUUCAAAUAUGCCCAACUCAAGAAUCCCGCCACUAUAUACGCAUGCCUGGUCGUGCGGUCGCACUUUCUCGCGCUGGCGUCUGAAGACAUAGCGUAUACCGGACUCAUGAUGUCUCGGGCCAAUGCUUGCGAAAUCCUUGCCAUCAAGCUCGUCGCCACGUUCGCACCAUCCGUCUACUCUUCGACUUCGCAAGUGCAGCUCGUUGCAGUGCUGACAACUUCUUGGUCGCCCCUGCAAGGUGCUCCACCACAUGUGCUUGCCCAAAUCAAAGCGGACCUUGGCAUCAGCAACGACAACGGGCAUGUGGAUGAUUAUGGCUUCCCACAUCACGAUAUCAUCGCCGACCCGGAGUGCGCCCUGGAAUUGGCCAUCGCGACAAAGAGCAAGAACUUUCUCAGUAGUCCGGUCGUUCAGGCAGUCGUGAAUGAUAUCUACACGGGGCGCGUAGUGUUCAGCAUGACCGCGCACAAGUCGGUAUUAGCUGACAACUAUAAACCCCGCGCGAUCGAGAUUUAUGAUUCCAGGAGCGCACCGUUCCUGGAUCAUUAUCGGCUGCGGGUACCGCGGUAUGGGGCUAUACUAGAAUUUCUCAAUUUUGCGUUGUUGCUGGUUACUUUCGUGUUAUGCCUCACCAACCGCAACAUGGAGCAUAUGCAAAUUUCCGAGAUAGUAUUCAUCGUCAUCGCGAUCGCGUUUGCUCUGGAAGAAUACACAGCAUCCAAGGAACACGGAUGGAAUGUUUACAUAGCGAACAUGUGGAACGUCUUUGACACCGGUUUUGUCUUGAUCUUCCUAGCAUAUUUCGGGUUUCGGCUCGACGGAUUACUUCGUGGAUAUCCACCUUCAUCCGAACUCAGUUUUGACAUACUUGCUUGCGGAGCUUGCAUUCUGUUUCCGAGGCUUGCAUUCUUCGCAAUCAAGAAUAAUCUGGUUGUUAUCGCUCUGCGAGGCAUGAUGACCGAAUUUCUGUUCUUCAUGGGUAUCGCAGCGAUCUGCUUCUCGGGCCUGCUCUAUACGUUGUGGACACUUGUCGUAUUUGCAGGUUCCGAAAGGUGGUCGAUGAAGGGAAUCAUGUGGCUGAUGGUCCAAAUCUGGUUCGGUAACACGUACCUCAGCUUUGCCCAGGCGGCGUCGUUCCAUCCACUCUUUGGGCCGAUCCUCAUGACAGGUUUUGCGGCGUUGAGCAACACACUCCUGCUUACGAUUCUCAUUUCUAUAUUGUCUAACACGUUCGCGAGGAUCGACGCCAACGCUGAGCAAGAGUAUAUGUUCCAAUUUGCCAUCACUACAAUCGAAGGCGUCAAGUCAGAUGCUUUGUUCAGCUACCAGCCGCCCUUCAAUUUGCUUGCAUUCAUCAUUCUCUGGCCGGCAAGCUUCGUGAUGUCGCCGCGAACAUUGCAUUCGUGGAACGUCUUUCUCAUCAAACUGACGUCAUUCCCAACUCUGGUCGUCAUAGGCGUUUACGAGCGGUACCUCCGCUCCGGCCAAGCGCUGCGCAAAGCGAGCGAAGACAUCGCGAAGUCGCUACCGCGCUCGCUUAAGAACCUUCCCAUCCUGGACGCGAUCAUGGGCUCGGACGCGAGCGACCUCUACGAUGCCAUCUUCGAGCUCAACGUUGACGCCGACCCCGCGCUCUUCAGUGACGACGAUGAGCACGGUGCGGCGGACGAGGCGCCCGCGCUGCGGUCUAUCGCGUCCGUGGAGAGCCUGCGGCUGAGGCGCAUGCGGUCGGAGGUCAGCACGCAAUCCGCGGCGCCGCGCAUACAGACCCCGAGCAAGACGAGAUCGCCCCGGAGGGCGGCGGCGUCGGUCAGCCCGACUGGAUCGCCGCGCCGGAGACGACCGCCGCCGAUCGCGCCAUCCGUGUCGGCCGAGGUGAGGGGUAGGGACGGCCAGCCGAGCCCUCUUUCGCGCCUGUUCGGGGGUAGGCCCAUGUCGCCUGUAGCUGGAGCACAGUUGGAGAACACUGCGAGGCGGCUGGAGGCAAUGCUUGAGGACGUGAAGGACUUGCCAGUGAAUAAGCUGAAGGAGGAGAUGAAAGAGUUGCAGGAACGGCAAGCGCGGAUCGAGAACUUGCUAUUGAUGCUUACGAGAGGUAUGAGACAUGAUACUGGGCAGCACUCGGCGAUCCGACACGACACCAAAUGA